CAUUUAUAGAAUUUCUUGUGUGCAUUUGGAGAGGUUCAUUUAUAGAAUAUAAGCACCAACCAUCCCACCCCUUCGCUAGGUAUGUAACUAUAUUCUUGAAUGUCUUUAACUUAUUCAUUGUCUUGGUUAUUGUUGGCUAUAUAUAUUUUAUUGCUACGUUUUUAUUUUGUGAAGUUUUAUUCCUAGUAUGUAUGCAUGUGGUUUCUACAACGUAGGAGUUUGUUUAGAUUAUGAGAGCCAUGUAUUUUUUAUCUCCUAUUUUGUAGCAUAUCCGUAGCUGGCAGUAGAGAUCCUCUCACUGCGUCAAUUGUAUAUAGACCUAUGGUCUCAUUUGAGAUAAACAGAUGAAUUAAUACGAUCAUCACUUUUCUGCGCAUAAAGACUAUGACGUCCAAUUGCACACCGUAAAAAUAAACUCCUCUCCCGUCGAUAACUCACGCUCUUCGGUUGGAUCAGCUAUAUCUGCGGCCAAAGAGCCGUCCAAUUUCAAUGAAGCUGUACGUGAUCCACAAUGGAGAGAAGCGAUGGGCCGAGAAAUUGUGGCUCUCGAACGAACUGGCACCUGGCGAAUCCAAGACCUGUCGCGUGGGAAGAAGGCUAGUUUUUUGUAAGUGGGUCUUCAAAAUUAAACACAAAAGUGACGGUUCAGUGGAACGCUACAAAGAGCGAUUGGUGGUCUCUGGAAACCGUCAGGUGCAAGGCAUUGACUAUAGUGAGACUUUUGCUCGGGUUGCUAAAAUGGUAACUGUGCGGGCCAUUUUAGCAGUUGCUGCUUCUUGUCAGUGGGAGCUUCAUCAAAUGGUCGUGGAUAAUGCUUUUCUUCACGGGGAUUUGCAUGAGGAAGUUUACAUGCAUUUGCCUCCCGGUUACUAGGCCUCUUCCCCAUGCUUAGAUCACUCUAUGGAUUACGGCAGGCUCCCCGAUGUUGGUUCUCUAGGCUCACGGCUUCCUUGCGUUAUUAUGGUUUUUGUCAGUCACACGCAGAUUACUCUUUAUUUACUCUAAGACGGGAUCAUCAAAUUCUG